CACUGGUUACAUUCCAUCGUCUCUUUGGAGCAACCUGCCUCCACAACCGUUCGACAUGUACAAGAUCGCACUUCUCCUGGCUUGCAUCUCCGUUGCCGCCGCUCAACGGGGUUUCCAAGAAAACUACGGCCCUCCGAUCCCGUACGCAUUCAACUACAUCUCUCAACUCGCGGACGGCAGUCACACCCACGAGCAAAGCGGAGACGGCAGCGGUCGCGUCACAGGCAAGUAUACCUUGAGCGACGCCGACGGCCGCACCAGGACCGUCACGUACUACGCCGACGACACCGGCUUCCACGCCGAUGUGGUCACCAACGAGCAGGGCACCGAGUCCAAGAACCCCGCUGACGUCACCAUCAAGUCCAGUGCUCUACCGGGACCCGAGGCCGCCAUCGCCAACGAGCCCAACAGAAUCCGUGGCGGACCAGCGGCCGCAGGCUUCAGGGGCUAG